AUGGCGUUUGUUCGGUACUUGCCAGCAUUCCCUGCUGAAACGUCAAAGCUCCAUUCAAACUCUACUCCCCUUCUAAGCCCACCACUUAUUCCUUCUACUUGUUUAUUUUCUCUACCCAUAUCUUCUUCUUCGCGGAAGCUAAAACCACGAAGUCUUUCCACUUUUCCCCAGCUUUUAAGAACUACCCAACAAGUGAAGUCUAAGCCAGGAGAAGCUGAACUCAGCCCCGCUGCAGAUGCCUUUACUCAGUUCAAGCAUCUGCUUCUGCCAGUUACAGAUGGCAACGCUUACCUCUCAGAGGGUACAAAGCAGGCCAUGGCAACUACUGCUGCUUUGGCGAAGAAAUAUGAGGCUGACAUAACAGUUUUGGUUAUCAAUGAAAAGGAAAAGGAAUCAUUACCAGAGCAUGAUACUCAACUAGCUAGCAUCCGGUGGCAUUUAUCUGAAGGUGGUUACCAAGAUUUCAAAGUUUUAGAGAGACUUGGGGAAGGAGGAAAGAAACCAACAGCUAUUAUUGGAGAGGUUGCUGAUGAUAUGAGUUUAGAUUUGGUUGUUAUGAGUAUGGAAGCCAUUCAUUCGAAGCAUGUGGAUGCAAACUUACUGGCUGAGUUCAUUCCCUGCCCUGUAUUGCUUUUGCCACUGUGA